ACUGACCUGCGUAUCGUAUAAGGAAUGGCCUGUCUCAUGGCAGCCUUCUCAGUGAAUAAUACCACGGUGACAAACUCCAUCAUUAUGAACACCAAUGGGCCACCCGACUUGAUGUUAGACCCAAGGACGGUGUGCGUGUCCAUCGAUGACAUUGUGUCAAACCACCAUGCGGGAAGUCAGCAGACGCCACUGUUACACGGCCACCUCAAGAAGGUGGAGAACAACCUCACGGAAGCACAGAGGUUCUCCUACCUGCCCCGGAGACCCGCAGUCAACAUAGAGUUCAAAGACCUCUCCUACUCUGUCCCAGAGGGGCCGUGGUGGAGAAAGAAAGGUUACAAGACCCUCCUGAAAGGCAUCUCUGGGAACUUCCCCAGUGGGAAUCUGGUCGCCAUCAUGGGCCCCUCAGGAGCCGGCAAGUCCACACUCAUGAACAUCCUGGCCGGAUACAGGGAGACGGGAAUGAAAGGAGAGAUCCUCAUUAAUGGGCAUCCUCGAGACCUGCGCUCCUUCCGCAAGGUGUCUUGCUACAUAAUGCAGGACGACAUGCUCCUUCCUCACCUCACUGUACAGGAAGCCAUGAUGGUGUCUGCAAAUCUUAAACUCCAGGAGAAGGAGGAGGGCAAGAGGGAGAUGGUGAGGGAGAUCCUGACCGCUCUGGGCCUUCUCGAGUGUGCCAAAACACGCACGUCCAACCUGUCGGGUGGACAGAGGAAACGGCUGGCCAUCGCGCUGGAGCUGGUCAACAACCCACCGGUCAUGUUCUUUGACGAGCCCACCAGUGGUCUGGACAGCUCCUCGUGUUUCCAAGUGCUCUCUUUGCUGAAGGCCCUGGCCCAGGGGGGCCGCACCGUCAUCUGCACCAUCCACCAGCCCAGUGCCAAACUCUUUGAGCUCUUCGACAAGCUGUACGUUCUGAGCCAAGGCCAGUGCAUCUACAAGGGAAGGGUCUCCAGCCUCGUGCCCUAUCUCAGAGACCUUGGCCUCAACUGCCCUACGUACCACAACCCUGCAGACUUUGUAAUGGAGGUGGCCUCAGGCGAGUACGGGGACCAGACAGCCAGGCUGGUGAAGGCCGUGCAGGAGAGGAAGUGCGAGAAGGACUACAAGUCAGAGAUGAACGGCAUCAACGGCAUGAACGGCAUGAACGGAAACGGGCACCACAACCCAUUCCUGUGGCACAGGACUUCAGAUGAGGAAUCGUCCUCUUCCGAGGGCUGUCACAGUUUCUCCGCCAGUUGCAUGACGCAGUUCUGCAUCCUCUUCAAGAGGACCUUCAUCAGCAUCUUGCGCGAUUCGGUGUUGACGCACCUGAGGAUCAUGUCUCAUAUUGGGAUCGGCGUGCUGAUCGGGCUGCUGUACCUGGGCAUCGGCAACGAGGCCAAGAAGGUCCUCAGCAACUCCGGCUUCCUCUUCUUCUCCAUGCUCUUCCUCAUGUUCGCCGCACUCAUGCCCACCGUGCUCACCUUCCCUCUGGAGAUGGGAGUAUUUCUUCGGGAACACCUGAACUACUGGUACAGCCUGAAGGCCUACUACCUGGCCAAGACCAUGGCUGAUAUUCCUUUUCAGGUGAUUUUCCCGGUGGCGUACUGCUCCAUAGUGUACUGGAUGACGGCCCAGCCCUCGGACGCCGUCCGCUUCAUCCUCUUCAUCGCCCUGGGCACCCUCACCUCCCUGGUGGCCCAGUCCUUAGGGCUACUCAUAGGAGCCGCGUCCACAUCGUUACAGGUGGCGACGUUUGUAGGUCCGGUAACAGCAAUUCCGGUGCUGUUGUUCUCUGGCUUCUUCGUCAGCUUUGACACAAUACCCAAAUACCUGCAGUGGAUCUCAUACGUGUCAUACGUCAGGUAUGGCUUCGAGGGGGUGAUCUUGUCCAUCUACGGCCUGGAUCGGGAGGACCUCCACUGCGACGAGGGCGAGACCUGCCACUUCCAGAAGUCGGCGGCCAUCUUGAAGGAGCUGGACGUGGAGGACGCCAAGCUCUACCUGGACUUCAUCGUGCUGGGCAUCUUCUUCUUCUCCCUACGCCUCAUCGCCUACUUCGUCCUGCGCUACAAGAUCCACUCGGAGAGAUAAAGAGGGACGAGGAGGAGGAGGCGUUCUUGUGUAUAGAGGAGGAAACGGACAAUAAGUGGACAUGUGUGGUGGACAUGAGAGGGAUGGGUGGUGGUGGUGCAGAGGAUGGGGGGGGGGAUAAAAGCACAAGGAGACCCACCCUCCGUUAACUAACUACUAGCAUGGCCUCAUCAUAACCCCCUAUACGUCCCACUCAGAAACCAAACACAAAACACACACAUGCACGUCUCUACACACACAAACACAACACGCACAUCCACUGCAUAAUAUGAGCCUGAAAUUUAGGCAACAACACACAGAGACCUCAGUGGGGGGGCGCUUCAUGUGCACAAAGUCUGCUUGUGGUUCGUGGCGAAGGAAGGGGAAAGGCAGGUGGCCUGAAGCACAUAAAGAUCACGGCAGGCCCACUGGGCACAUUGGUCUUUAUGAAGGUGACACAAACCUGCGAUGAGAAUCUUCUGCUGUGCCACUGUCGGAAGGGAUCGCCCAGUGGAAAGACUAUGCACUUUUCAUCGAAACCCUGCUUCUCCAAAAUAAGGGAUUAAAGGGGAGGGAUAUGGGUUUUGUAUGUACAACAUGAUAGGAUUUUCUCUUUAUCUUGAAUGCCAGAUAAGAUAACUAGGUUCGAGCUGUGUGUCAAUGGUCUUAUGUUCGGACAAGGUGCUCAAAGAGUGCGGUACAGUAGGACCACAGAAAGGGAGGAGCUGGACUCUUCUCGGUCAAAUGACUAAGAGUUUUAGGAAUAAUAUUAGUGGUGACAAAAACCCAAAAUCACACUUGUCGUGGCUGCACAAAGGAACAUAAAAUCAGAACCAAAUCAACCAUGAAGAGUGAAAUUGAAAGGGAUUGAGUGUAUGUACAUAUACAGUAUAUGGCAUGGUUGUUAGGAGAUCAUGGAAUAGAACACAGCUUUAAAUCCUUACCAAAACGUUACAGCAUCUGACAUGAGCGAUGCGGAGCGGUGAAUGUAUAAACAAAAUAAAAACAUGCUGCCAUCGGAUGAAAAAAAAGUCACUUACUAACUAAAAAUAUAUACCAUGAAAGAAAACUACUUAGGAAUGCAAUUUGUAUGUUUCUUUUUCUUGUUUUGUUUUCUAAAAUAGGUCAAAUGGCAUAUCGGUUGACGGUGUGUCACAUUCACUUGAAAAAGGAUCUUUGAAUCGAUUUGAACCCAAGAGCUUUGGUUCAUCACCACACAUGAAACCGGUCCAAGAUGUUAAGCUUUUGUUUUGGUUGGUCUCCUGAUAUGGCAGCUUGCCCACAUUCAUAAGUUUGAUUCUGUUUACUUUUAGCCAAUAUUACGUUGGUGAGGCUUGUAAACCUCACAAGUAUUAAAACAUAUCAAUUGAGAUGGAAAACACACAAUACAGCUGAAUCAAUGGAAAUUUCAGUAAUGUACAAAUUAAAAAACAUAGCGACCCAUUGGGUGUUUGGGUGACUUUUUGGUCAAAAAAUAUGACUUGAAACUUAUUUCAACAGUGGACUACCACUGCGGGCAGUAAAUACUUUCUUUUUUAUUAUAUAUAUAUAUAUAUAUAUAUAUAUAUAUCUUUGUAAAAUGUCUAUGGUCCACACUGCCUUUUUGUCCUGUGGUGUUCCAUGGAUUACAGGCAAACUGUCAGUCCAUACAGAAGAUCCUGAUGUGAUGUCUAAAUUUCAAUUACGUUCAACUCACGGCAUCCUGUGAAUUGAUUUUUAAAUUAUUACUUUGGAUUUCAUUUCGGCAAUGUUCGAACCUUAUGAAUAAAUUAUUUAAUGCUCACCGACAAUUCUACUCAUUAAAGUCCGUUCCGUAUCUUAGCCUCUCAUGAGGUAGUUUUAUUUGGAAUUCUUCAUGUUUAUUGGUGGACAACUGAAGUGCACCCUGUGUCGGUUGGUGUGUUGGUGACGGGCCACUCUAAUGGCUUUAAAGUUGACUAGUUCUGUGCAGACUACUCCAGGGGAUCAUGAGGAAAACAACAUAUUAUAUACAACGUUAAGCAAGCAUCAAUGCAAAUGUUUAGUGUGCUUAUGCUGACUUGUGUUUUUUAUAUAUGUAUGUAUGUGUGUGUGUUACCAUUUUACCAGAGGCUGUCUCUGCUGUACUACCCAUCUAGGUCCCCAGAACUUUUAUGUGCAAUGUUGUCUCAAUUUGAAGCUGUAUUUACAGUGUUAUGAGUACUCCUUUGAUAUAUUCUUUACUGUGGACCUCCAUGUAAAAUAAAGACCUAAAUGGCAUGUACAGUACUUUUAUUUGUAAAGGCACCCUUGGGUAGAUGGGCUUAAUCCAGAACUCACAAAGGAUCAUUUAAGGAUAUGUGGCAUUACCAUUUUUUUAAAAAAUCAUUCUUGAUUUUUCUUCUAUAGUUUCCCCUUCUUGUUCAACAUUUUAUCCCACUGGUGAACUGUAUAGGAUGCUGCAUUUUAUUGUCAUUUGGUUUUCAGGUGAUUAAAACUGGGAUUCAUAGAUUCUGUAUAUUUUAUGUAUGCUAAAUAUGUGAUGUUAUUUCUUGGUAGAUUAAUUAAUAAAUAUAUGAUAUUUUCCAAAGGUGUUGUCGUAUUACAUAGCACACCACUCGUGAUAACACCUGUCCUGCACAUUCACUUAACUGUCAAAAAAAAAACCACUAACGAAUGUAUCAAUGACACCUGCAAUGAUAUCAAUAUCUGUGUAUUCAUAUGCUGGGAAUGAUGGUAAAUACCAAACGCUGACAUGGGAAGAAUGCCCCUCUAGUGGUAUUUUCCACUGGAAAACUUGUUGAAAAUUUUUUACAUAGAUGAGUUUCCAAGACUGGAUAACAUGUUUGAUCAAAA